GCGAGUUAGCAUCGGGCCUGCGUUGCGUUACGUACAAUAGCCUUACGUACCUAUAUCUGUAUCACGAGGCCGCCUCUCUCGCUCUCGACGAUCGAGCCUCGUAUACCUACGCACGCGACUUUCCCGUGCAGUUUUCCUCUGGCAGUGCCGCGCGAAUUUUCCGUCGUAGUUCCUUGCGGUUCGUUCGUUGAUCUGCCUCGACGCGAUCAUGACCAAGACGACAGUGCGUGCAGGUGAUUGUUCUUAAAGAAGAAAACACAACGAGGACUUUUUUUGUGAAUCGGUGAAUCGGUUGUCCGAUGCGUGCGGUGCAGGCGUUCUCUGCCAGCGACGAUCACUCGAAGCUACACACAGUUCUGCCGUUGUUUCGGUGCAGCUCCAGGCCUCAGUUGUCGCUCAAAUAUACCGUAAUGGGGAAAACGCUCUGGAUUAAGUGAGAAUUCGAGUUGGCAAGAGGCUGGCCUUAUCGACAUCUUCGUCAGCAUGGACGAGCAGCUCAACAUGACGACGGAGGCGAUAAUGCAUCUGGCGCUGCAGCAGAGCACGACGGCGGCGUCGAUCGGCGGGCAUCCCGCGACGCAGUUCCCCAGGUCCCUCACCAUAUUCGCCGCCAUAUCGGCGAUUGUGUUCAGCAUCGUCGGCGUUCUAGGCAAUCUAAUCACAGUCGUGGCCCUGUGGCGCUGCACCCGUCUGCGACGCAACGCCACCACGGCCUUCGUCAUCAGUCUCAGCUGCUCGGACUUCAUCUUCUCAGCCGUAAAUCUGCCCUUGACUGCCAGUCGAUAUCUCAACGAAGCCUGGGUGCUCGGCGACACGCUCUGCCAGGUCUUUCCGCUCUUUUUUUACGGCAACGUUGCUGUCUCGCUGCUCAGUAUGGUUGCCAUCACCGUCAAUAGAUACGUGUUGAUCUCGCGCGCGGAAAUCUACAGCCGUAUCUACACGAAAAGGGGCAUCGCCCUGAUGCUCGUGGCCAUCUGGACGCUGAGCUUUUCUCUGCUGGUGCCGCCGCUGCUCGGCGUCUGGGGCACUCUGGGCCUCGAUCCCGACACCUUCAGCUGUACCAUCCUCAAGAAGAACGGCAAGAGCCCGAAGAAGCUGCUCUUCGCCGUGGGAUUCCUGCUGCCCUGCGUCGUCAUCAUCGUGUCCUACGCCUGCAUCUACUGGAAGGUGCGCACCAGUCGCAAAAACCUCGAGGCCCACCAGGCCAAGAACAACAAUAAUCAGCAGCAGUACCAGCAGCAGCACGUGCAGCUGCGCAAGAGCGGCAACAAGUCCGGCUUUCAGAAGCGAGAGGACUCCCGAGUGACCAAGCUCAUGCUCAUCAUAUUCAUGUGUUUCUUGCUCUGCUUCCUGCCGCUGAUGAUAGCCAACGUCGUCGACAUCGACAGUCCGAGUCUAAACGUGAUUGCGUCGAUUCUGGCCUGGGCGUCGGCCGUCGUCAAUCCCUUCAUUUACGCGGGCACCAAUAAGCUCUACCGAGAGGCUUAUCGUCAACUGUUGUGCGCCAAGCGAGACGCCGGCAAGUUCAGUCUCGGCGGACCGAUAGUGGGCGGUGGCGCCGGCAACAGAGUUCUCAAUUCCCAUUCCAGCAAAUUCUCCUCCCAGCCAACCUGAUAUUAGUCCAAGUUUUCCAUUCUAGUUAUUGGAUUUUCAAAAGACGCCCCAAAUCAUUCCAAAGAGAGAGAAAGAAAGAAUAUAAAAUUUAUAUCGACUAUCGUGUGACGUAAACCAAAAAUAUAUAUAUUUAUAUAUAUAGAAAUAGUUUAAAAAGUUGUGAUGGUCAACUGACGCGCUGUCGUUUGUAAACCAAUUUAUAGUCAAUGCUAUAUAUUGUAGUUAAAUGUAAAAUACUUCGAAAUGCCAGUAAAUUCGUAAGCUUUAUGACUGUCGAAAGUUUCGUUAUAGAUAUUUAUUAGUAUUAUAAUUAAUUAUAAAGUACAACUUUGUAUAGAUCUUAUCUAUUUUGCUUGUAUCGUAGAUAUUAGUGCGAGCUUUUAUUCAUGACGUUAAUUUAAAUGCUCUUAAACGAGGCUCUAUGUAUAUUUUUCUAAAUCGAUAUACGGUAAAAAUUCAAUUGGUGUGUAUAAAUAGGUAUAUUACAAAUGUGACACAAUACCGUUUGAGAUGUAAAAAUUGAUGCCUUGUAAGUGCCUAAGAUUUUUUACUCCAAUUAUAUGUUUCAAAUGUUAUGUUAAUAAAUGUUAAAUGUUACCUAUAGAAAUUCUUAGAAAUACUAUUGAUUCUACACAUAAAUAAAAUAUAUAAAAAUAUAUUUCACAAAGAUUAAUUU